CUGCUCCCAGACACACUCUUCAUUUUUCUACACCUCUUUCUCUGCUUUUCAUGACCUCAGAGUCUAUAGACCCUCUCUCUCUCUCUCUCUCUCUCUCUCUCUCCUCUGGCUUGUCUUAUAUAAGCUCUACUCUAUCUCUCUUCUGAGAUUUAUCUUCCUCAUCUUCUCUCUCUCUCUCUCUCUCUCUCUGUCCGAAUGCCAAUGGAGGAAGAUAUGCGGCGUCUCCUUCCAUCAUGGCUCUUCGUCGUCUUUUCUUUGCGAAUGUCGAAGUCGUUGUUCCUGUUGCGUAUCCCUUCUCUUCCAGACGUUUCGUGAUCUUGCGCUGCCGUGUUUUUGUUACUUUGAGGGCUGAACGCUGUAGGCCUAUACCCAGCAAGGUACAUGACCGGAUGCAACAUGGAACAAUAUGAAAUACUAGAGCAAGUUGGGAAAGGGGCUUUUGGCUCGGCUCUUCUUGUCAGGCAUAAGCAUGAAAAGAAAAAGUAUGUCUUGAAAAAGAUUCGUCUUGCCCGGCAGACUGAUAGGUGUCGUAGAUCUGCACACCAGGAGAUGGAGCUUAUUUCCAGAAUGCAGAAUCCAUUUAUUGUGGAGUACAAAGAUUCAUGGGUAGAAAAGGGUUGCUAUGUUUGCAUUGUCAUAGGUUAUUGUGAAGGAGGAGACAUGGCUGAAGCCAUUAAGAAAGCAAAAGGAGUUUAUUUCCCUGAAGAGAAACUCUGUAAGUGGCUAGUUCAACUCUUAAUGGCACUUGACUACCUGCACACAAAUCAUAUUCUUCACCGAGAUGUUAAGUGUUCAAAUAUAUUCUUGACAAAAGAUCAGGACAUACGUCUUGGUGAUUUUGGACUUGCUAAAAUGUUGUCUUCAGAUGAUCUUGCCUCCUCUGUUGUGGGUACCCCUAGCUACAUGUGUCCCGAGCUUCUUGCUGAUAUCCCUUAUGGUUCUAAAUCAGAUAUUUGGUCCUUGGGAUGCUGUAUGUAUGAAAUGACUGCUCAUAAGCCUGCAUUUAAAGCAUUUGAUAUGCAAGCACUGAUUAACAAAAUAAACAAGUCAAUUGUGGCUCCACUUCCAACCAAAUACUCUGCUGCAUUUCGUGGUCUUGUUAAAAGCAUGCUGCGGAAAAACCCUGAGCUUCGCCCAUGUGAAGCAGAGCUGCUCAGGCACCCACAUCUUCAGCCGUACGUUCUUAAGAUUCAUCUAAAAUCUAGUAGCCCUAUGCGUGAUAUUUUACCAGUUAACUGGUCUGAAUCCAAUUACACAAGGGUAACAAGAUUUGCAGAGCCAGAGGAUAUUGCUUUUACUGCAUACAGGGAAUCACGUCAAUCAUUCAGCAAUGAUCGAGUUCUGAAUCCAAGUGUAUCUGAAGCUGAGCAUGACUCUAUGUGUUCUACUGAUGCAAUGCAAAUUAUGCCCUGUUUCUUGGAUAAAAAACUAGCAAAAAUGUCUAUUGGAAGCAUUCAUGAAAAGACUCCCUCUGUUAAAAAAAUUGCUUCAAAAAUUUCGAAAGUUCGCACCCCUUCGAAAACUUCAAAUAUUGCUAAGACUCCGAAAAUGAGCCCCAAAAAAGCGUCAACCACUCCUAGGAGAUGGACAGAGCCAUCAAAGAAUUACAAAAUGGUUCCAGCUUCACGAAGUCCAGCAAAAAAAGUUUCCCCUCAAACUCGUAGAGCCUCUUUGCCAUUGCCAACAAGAGCUGCAAUUCAGGAGUCCUUUCAUAAGCCCCAAAGUGUUCUACUUCACCGCAUGAAAUCCCCAGAUGUUUCUGUCAAUACCCCUCGAAUUGACAGGAUAGCUGAAUUUCCAUUAGCUUCAUAUGAAGAUGCAUUUUUUCCUCCUCAUAGGACAUCGUCAAACUCUGCUCAAGUCUCUUCUACUUCACUACGAGGUGACUAUUCAAUAAUGAAGGACAAAUGCACAGUUCAGGUUUGUGAUAGGACCUGUGCCAAUGCUUGGCAGCGAAUUUGUGGUGCUGAGUUUCAAGUGGGUGAAGAUGAUGGAAGGGAUUGCUUUGAUCAAGAUGCAAUGGCAGGGGCCUCUUCAGAUUCCCAGCACCAACGAUUCAACACCUCAUCUUACAAGCAGCGGGCUGACGCUUUGGAAGGGCUGCUUGAAUUUAGUGCAAGGUUGCUGCAAGAUGCGCGGUUUGAGGAGCUAGGGGUGUUAUUGAAGCCUUUUGGGCCUGGGAAGGUUUCGCCCCGGGAAACUGCCAUAUGGCUGACCAAGAGCUUCAAAGAGAACACAGCGAAACAGGAAGAACAAAUACCGAUGAAUGUUUGAUACGCACUGUAAUUGUUUCUGUAACAAUUCCUAUAGAGUUGAGGUUUUUGUUGAGUAAAAAGGAGCUAGGUGGAGGCUGAUGCUUAGGUUGUAAUUAGAUCUUCAUGCCUCUUUUAACAGUUGUCUCUCUCUUGUAUCAAUUUUUAUCAUUUUUCAUCUCAGAUGGGAUUUUGUUUUGUAUUCAAAAGUACAGAACAUGAGCUAGAGAAGUGCCAAUUUCAGAUGAAUUUUAGGUGCCGAAUCAGACUCUUAGCAGGUUAUAUAAUUAGAAAUAGGCCAUCCGUUAGACACAUUUGUAUUCUUUAAGUUUUCCCUUCUAAUUUUAUUCCCCACAUGUUAUUGGUCGCCA